AUGGCUUUGACAGGGUCCAAGUGCCGGACCAGGGACCGAGUACCAGGGUCCAAGUGCCGGACCAGGGACCGAGUACCAGGGUCCAAGUGCCGGAUCAGGGACCGAGUACCAGGGUCCAAGUGCCGGACCAGGGACCGAGUACCAGGGACCAAGUGCCGGACCAGGGACCGAGUACCAGGGUCCAAGUGCCGGACCAGGGACCGAGUACCAGGGACCAAGUGCCGGACCAGGGACCGAGUACCAGGGUCCAAGUGCCGGACCAGGGACCGAGUACCAGGGUCCAAGUGCCGGACCAGGGACCGAGUACCAGGGUCCAAGUGCCGGAUCAGGGACCGAGUACCAGGGUCCAAGUGCCGGACCAGGGACCGAGUACCAGGGCCCAAGUGCCGGACCAGGGACCGAGUACCAGGGUCCAAGUGCCGGACCAGGGACCGAGUACCAGGGUCCAAGUGCCGGACCAGGGACCGAGUACCAGGGUCCAAGUGCCGGAUCAGGGACCGAGUACCAGGGUCCAAGUGCCGGACCAGGGACCGAGUACCAGGGUCCAAGUGCCGGACCAGGGACCGAGUACCAGGGCCCAAGUGCCGGACCAGGGACCGAGUACCAGGGUCCAAGUGCCGGACCAGGGACCGAGUACCAGGGUCCAAGUGCCGGACCAGGGACCGAGUACCAGGGUCCAAGUGCCGGACCAGGGACCGAGUACCAGGGACCAAGUGCCGGACCAGGGACCGAGUACCAGGGUACAAGCACCGGGCCCUUUCCAAGGACCAGAUCAGUCUCAGGCCCUCUGACGUCUCGUCAGCUGUCCCACUUCAUCCAACAAUCUUCAAACCUAAACGACUGUUGUGCCGCCUGGUGGCCGGCUACCCACCUGUUGUGCCACCUGAUGGCAGGCUGCCCGCCUGUUGUCACCCGUCGCCGAGGCCGCAGCAGGACCCGCCCAGGCCGCAGCAGGACCCGCCGAGGCCGCCGCAGGACCCGCCCAGGCCGCAGCAGUACCCGCCCAGGCCGCAGCAGGACCCUCCGAGGCCGCAGCAGGACCCGCCGAGGCCGCAGCAGGACCCGCCGAGGCCGCCGCAGCAGGACCCGCCGAGGCCGCCGCAGGACCCGCCCAAGCCGCAGCAGGACCCGCCGAGGCCGCAGCAGGACCCGCCCAAGCCGCAGCAGGACCCGCCGAGGCCGCCGCAGGACCCGCCCAAGCCGCAGCAGGACCCGCCGAGGUUCCAGCCCUGGACCCCGCAGCCGCACCGUCUUCACGGUCGCCCGCCCGUGUCCGAGUUCCCUCUUCCUUCUCCCAGCCACUGCUCCCAGCGCUGCUAG